CACUCUCCGAUGUUACAAAAUCCUCAAUAAGUUUGUUUGUGGCUGUCGUGUUUACAGUACAUCUCAUUACAAUGUUGCUUUAAUUACUCAUCUUGCAUCUUCAAUGCAUGCACCUUCUAUGGCUACUCAAUAGUUUACUGCUCGCGCUGAAGUGCAGUAUUUAGGAAAUCGCCUUUAACCAUCGUGAUUUGCAUCUAGCUGGCACCGAAUCUGUGUUUGGUUUGUUAUCAGUAUCUACGUUCUGUGACAGUGUCAAUCUUAUCUUAUCGCGAAACUUUUCGUUGUUGAUCGCUAGUCAUCCAGGCAGUCUUGAAUCGAAAACGCUUAGAGCUAUAAUAGCCUCAUCCUGGUCCGGCAAUAGCUCAGUCGUGCAAAACCACUCUGCGUGAACAAAAUUUCAUUCAGAACUUUCGGUUUGAUUGAUUCGUGUUUUUUUUUUGGUAAACAUGUCAGCUGAUGUGCAUCGCGUCCUCUCGAUCCAAAGCCAUGUAGUGCACGGAUACGUUGGUAACAAAAGUGCAGUUUUUCCAUUGCAGGUUCUUGGCUUUGAAGUGGACAACAUAAAUUCGGUGCAGUUCUCGAACCACACUGGCUACACCAAUGGCUUCAAGGGUCAAGUGCUGAACGAAACUGAACUUGCUGAGUUAUUUUCCGGCCUGAAGGCGAACGACUUACUCAACCAAUACACUCAUCUCUUGACUGGAUAUGUCGGCAAUAUUAACUUCCUGGCGGAAAUUGCCAACAUCCUUAAAACUCUGCGAUCCGUCAAUCCAAACCUUAUCUAUGUCUGCGAUCCAGUGAUGGGUGAUGAUGGCGUCAUGUAUGUACCGCAGGAACUGCUUCCAGUCUACCGGGAUACGAUUGUACCGUUGGCAGACAUUGUGACCCCGAACCAGUUCGAGGUCGAACUACUCACCGGCAAAAGCAUAAAAUCUGAACAAGAAGCAUGGGAUGCCGUCGAAUGGUUCCACGACAAAGGCGUGAAGACUGUGGCCAUUUCCUCGUCCGAGCUUGGCGGAUCCAACGAUUUGCUGGCGCUGGUUAGCCAUAAAGAAGGAAACAAAUCUCAACGUUAUCGCAUGGUAAUACCGAAGCAGGGUAACGGAAUUCGUUUUACCGGCACGGGUGAUCUUUUCGCAGCACUAUUCCUGGCGCAUUCUACCUUGAGCAAAUUUGAUAUGUGUGCCACCCUGGAGCGAACGAUCGCUAGUUUGCAAGCAGUCAUCACCAAAACACUAACUUACAUUCCCGAAGAUGUGAAGGCCGGAAAGGCGAAGGUGACUUCUACGCAGCGUGAGCUGAAAAUUAUCCAAAGUAAGCAAGAUAUCGAACAACCAAAGGUUACAUAUCACUGUUCUAAAGUUUGAAGAUAUUUAUUACAUUGUUUGUUUGUUUUUUGUGUUUUGCUUUUGAUGUAUGAGACAAUAAUACUUUAAAAUAUAUACCAAAUUGUAGAUGUUUGUUGUAAAAUAUGAUAUAUGUACAAUGUCGGGUCAAUAAAACUUAUUGCAAAUAUCUUGA